AAGUAUAUUGUUUUUAUUAUUUUUCAAUUAUUGAAAAUGCAUAAAGUUUUUUUUUUAACUUUCAAUAUAUGCGUGAAUGUAACCUGAAUCUUGAAACUCAAUUUGGAAGCAGAUAUCUUCAACGGCUUGAGCUGAAAUGUUCUCAUAUGUUUCUGGUGUUUCAUCGUGAUGGUGGCGGGACAGGAGGGCGACUUUUACGCGCCACAGACGUUCAAACAAAGGGUGCAGGGACCACUGUUUUCGCCCGCUGAGCCGUGGGCCGAAGCGAGGGAGCAAGCAAGAUGGACCAAGUUAUGUACACUAUUAGUGGUGGAGCCACACCGGGGCGGGCUGUUCUCUCCCAACGACGUGACGCCGGAGAGCACCAUCGUGGACUGGAGGCCCAAGGUGGCGCCCGUGUUCGAGCCUUGGGGAGACGCUGGUCAGAGCCCGAGGGCGGAGCCCUGGCGGCUCCCGCACAGCGCGACCAAGGAGCGGCAGGCUGCAAUCAUUCACCACAAGCAGGCCCUCAGCUCGGAGGGCAGCUUCCAGUACGAGUACGCGUCGGAGAACGGGCUGGCGGCGCGUGAGCAGAUCCGGCCGGACGGGUCCCGCCGCGGCCGCUACCAGUACCGCGACCCGCGCGGCCAGCUCGUCUCCGUGCUCUACAGCGCCGGCCGCGAGGGCUUCCAGAUCCUAGAGGGCAGCCAUCUGCCCAAACAGCCAGAGCCAAUACCUCCAUUAAAUCAAGACCAGCACCACGUGCAGGCGUAUGAGCAACAAAAACAGCAAUACGAGAUCCAGCAGCAGUACAACCAGCAGAAACCGGAGCAACAAAGUUGGAUCCAAAACCAGCAGCAACAAACUUACGAAGGAUCGCGACCCCAGCAGCAGGUCUACCAACAGAACAACUGGGGGCAGGGACAGGAGGACGAUGGACAGUACCGAGAAAACGACGUGUACAACAAGGGACCGCACACAUUCGGCGAAGGAUAUUCUUUCGCUUUCAAGGGAUAAGCUAGAUAGAAAUAGUAUUAUCUAUAAUACAUACAUGUGUGACCUGCGAACAUCGUCAGUAGUCAUAAGAAUAGGAAAAAUAAGAAUACAUACGUAAUUAUGUGGCAUAAUAACUAAAUUAGUUAUCGAAAUAUAUAUUUUGUUUUUGUGAACACGGAAUCGUAAUAAAUUGUUUUAUAUUUUGGUAAAUCUCAUGAACGAUGAAGUCCAAAAGAUUAUUUUUUUAAUCUGGAUUAGUAUCUAUAGAAAUUUGUUUCUAAUAAAUCUGAAAAAUGUAAUCUAUUUUAAUUCUUAAUGUUCUUAUUAAUAGUCGUAAUGUAUAUCAAUAAUGCUAUUUUAAUAAUAAAAUAUUACAGAAUAAAAGUAAUUUUCUUCUUGUCUUGUG